GAUGGGGGCCAAGCGGAGGGGCGCCGGUGGGGUGUGAAGAAGGCGGCGGCGACCCACAGCUCUCCUCCGGGGCCGCAGCAGCGAGGCGACAGGCGCGGAAACCGACGGGGCGGCCAUGAGUACGGUGUGGAAGCGGCUCCAGCGCGUCGGCAAGCGGGCGGCCAAAUUCCACUUCGUGGCCUGUUACCAGGAGCUGGUGGUGGAGUGCACCAAGAAAUGGCAGCCCGACAAGCUGGUUGUGGUCUGGACCCGAAGGAACCGGCGGAUCUGCUCCAAGGCUCAUGGCUGGCAGCCAGGGAUCAAGAACCCCUACAGGGGUACCGUGGUGUGGAUGGUACCUGAAAAUGUGGACAUCAUGGUGACGCUCUAUCGGGAUCCCCAUGUAGAGGAAUAUGAAGACAAAGACUGGACCUUCGUGAUUGAAAACGAAUCGAAGGGGCACCGGAAAGUCCUGGCUUCUGUGGAUGUGAACCUUAAGCGCUUUGCCAGCACCACGCCCACCCAAGUGGACCUGAAGCUGAAUCUGAAGCCGCGGUCGGUGAAGGUGGUGACCGCCACACUGCAGCUCACCCUCUCUUGUGUCUUCCUCCGUGAGGGGAAAGCCACGGAUGAGGACAUGCAAAGUCUGGCAAGCCUGAUGAGCGUCAAACCCUCUGAUAUCGCCAACCUGGAGGACUUCGCUGACAGCGAAGAGGAGUCAGAGGAAGCCCUGAAGAAGAGCCGCCAAGAGGAUAGUGCAAGCCAGGGGGCAUCGUCUAAAGGAUUUCUCCAAAACGUGUUGACGGACUAUUUUGCAGACACUUCACGGGAUCUGAACACUCUGGCCGAGGAGAGGAGGACCCGUCUGCUCAGAGCACGUUGGCAACAGCUGCCCCUUCCAGGAAGGAAGCUGUUGCUGAGGUUCCCAAGAGAACAUUCGGUGCUGUUCCCAGUGGCACCAUUGCCCCCUUGGACAGCCUUCCCACUGCAGCAGAGCCAGCCCCUACCAUCUCUGGGGCGGCACCCUUUGCAGCCUGGCGAUAUCUGGAAACCCAGAGAGCAGGAACCUCUUCCUGUGCCACAAAGGAGGAAGAAGAGCCCCUCAGGGGACCUCCAGCCCGGAGCCCACAGAUUCCCUCUCUCGCCUCCGUUGGCACCUGAGGCCCCCCCUGUGCGGAAACGCAGGCUGGAGAAGAUGCCGCUGUCCCCAGAGUCUCAAAGCCCCUCGGCAGAGGUGGCCACAUCUUUGGUGGAGGGCAGCUCCAAUCCCUUCAGCUCUCGACUGAAGCUCCUCACCCCCCAAGUCCUCCAUCACCUCAGGGCCCUGCCUUACCUCUCCCAGCUCCCCGCUCCCUCAAGGAGAGGAGUGCCCAGUCCAGCCAGGAAACUCUGGCACCAGUCCCCCCCACCCCGUGGCACAGCAACAGACCUUGGAGCUCAAGGCGAAUCCCAGGUUGACUCCCCCACCAGCCCAUCGCUUGUGAGUUCCAGCCAGUCCUUGCUGGAGUGGUGUCAGGAAGUGACGGCAGGCUCCCGGGGUGUCCGCAUCACCAACUUCACCACGUCUUGGCGCAAUGGGCUGGCGUUCUGUGCCAUCCUGCAUCACUUCCACCCAGAGAAGAUCAAUUACGAAGCCCUGGACCCGCUUGAUAUCAAAGAGAACAAUAAACUGGCCUUUGAUGGCUUUGCCUCACUGGGGAUCUCCCGGGUGAUGGACCCUGCCGACAUGGUUUUCCUGACUGUGCCCGACCGUAUCGUCAUGACAUACCUAUGCCAAAUCCGGGCUUUUUUCACCGGGCAAGAGCUGAAUGUGGUGCAGUUUGCCGCCAACAGCACAACCACCUACAAGGUGGGCAAAUUCGACACGGACUCGUCUGGCUCCAUUGAUCCCCAAUUCUACUCCCAGCACCUCCAUGUUGCUGCCUCCCAGACAGAGCAGCCUGGGGCAGCAGGAAGAGUCUCUGCUCCGAGCGACUGUGAGACUGCUGCCUCAAAGCCCGAUGGGAAGCUGCUGGCCAAUGGGGCUACUCUCGCUCAGGGUGCGGAAGCAGAGGCUUCUGGGACAGAAGCUGCGAGGCCUGAGGGGAAGCCGCCCACCAGCAAUGGGGAGAAGCUGGUUCCCCCUCCGCGGCUGAAGCGGAUUGCGUCGCGGGGCAGCAUCGAACGCCCCUUGCACCGGCUUUCCACAGGGGGCCAAGGCCCGGUAGCCCCCCCACGCUCCCAUGCCAAGUCCACCUUCGCCCAUGUGCGGGAUGCAGACCUGGUGAAGAAGCGGCGCUCGCGGCUCAAAAGCGAGUCCCUGUCCAUGGAUGAAGGGGAGCCGGGCAGCCCAGUUGAGGACCCUGCCAGGCGGCUGGCCAUGGUGAGUGGAGCUCCCAGGAAGACACUGGACAAGUUGCUUGGGCGCGUUGCCGGGUUAAUGUUGCAUGGCUGCUUUUUUAUCGUUGCGCUUCUGGUUUUGCUAACCCCUUGCCCUGCUGAACUAAGAGCUUUUAGCAUGGCUGAUCAGGGUAGAUGGAUUGUUAGCGAUGGGGGAUCAAGACCCCGACCAAAAGUUCACCGGCACCCAGCCCCUCCAACUGCUACCUCCCACGAACUGCCCCAGGACACCAGCCUGAAGAUCAGCACCAAUGAAGAGAUUCCGAGAUUCCAAGACACCAGCCAGUACGUGGUUGCUGAACUCCGGGCUCUGGAGAAUGAACAGCGGCAAAUUGAUGGGCGGGCAGCUGUGGUGGAGAAGGACCUGCGGGGCCUUAUGGAAUCAGGUGCUGACAAACUGAGGGAGGAGGAGCUGAUCCAGGAAUGGUUCACGCUGGUGAAUAAAAAGAAUGCCCUGAUCCGACGGCAAGACCAGCUGCAAUUGCUGAUGGAAGAGCAAGACUUGGAGCGGCGAUUUGAACUCCUGAGCCGUGAGCUGAGAGCCAUGAUGGCUAUUGAAGACUGGCUCAAAACAGAAGCUCAACAGCAGCGGGAGCAGCUCCUUCUGGAAGAGCUGGUGUCGCUGGUGAACCAGAGGGACGAGCUGGUGAGAGACCUGGACAUCAAAGAGAUAGCUCUGGAAGAGGACGCCCGGUUAGAACGAGGACUGCAGCAGAGACGCCACAAGCUCAGCCGCAAGGAGAAGUGCCGUGUCAGCUGAGAUGGGCCACCGCAACUUGCCUCUUCUCCCCACACUCCCCCAUACAUGGGAUGGCAGGAGGCACAGCACACGAGAGCACUUCUGCCACUCCAAAGGGAACCCCAGCCCUAAAUCCCCACUAGCCAUUGGGAGGGCCUCGCCUGCCAUGCCACAGCCUUGCUGGAGCACGUCAUUGCCCACAGUCCUCGGGGGGGGGGGCACAGCUGCUUGACUGCUCAUGCCAAAGAGGGGUGUGUUUGUUUUCCCCCACUGGGGCAAGGGAGAUCGUCCAAACUCUUUUUUUCUUUCUCUUACCCUAUCUCCAUGCCCUCCCCAGAGAAGAUGCCACUUUUAAAGGGCAGUGCCCAUGUAUCCUGGUUUACCUGGAGAGGGAAGAAAUCAGCUUUUCAAAUUCACACUCUCCAAAUUUUAGGAACGAUAUUUAUUUGUGUGUGUGUGUGUGUGUGUGUGUGUGAUUUUUUGUGUGCGUGCACAUGCAUGUGAGCUGCUCUUUUGGGUUUGAAAACGGGUGCCUCCUCCCCACCUCCGCUGUUUUUACAAAGUUUAUUUGGCUCUAUUAUUAUUAUUUUUUAAUGAUCAAUGUUUGUUGUUGGUCGAUGGUACAAAAGCCACAAAGUGCCUUGAAUACUCCUACAGCCAGAUGUGACAGUUGCCAACUUCCCUCUGCCCCCCCCCAAGUUUUGCACCUCCCCCUCAGCCCAGUCCCUCCCUGGUUAUUUGCACUAAAUUUGUACCAGAGUUUGAAAUAAAUAUAUCAAAAGACA